AUGCAUGCCGGAUGUAGGAAUAAUAAAUUCCCUAACCCCUAUAAAUGCGAAAGAAGAACUAAUCGACAAUCGACCUCGGCAAAUUACGCAAAUGCAGAGUUCCACAAAGGUCAAGACGGAAGCAUUGCCAUUGAGAACCCAGGAUAUGUUCCGAGUAGCUCAUCUACAACGGACAACAUAGAUGAACAUCCAUAUUCUAGUGUAGAUCCCAGACACGUUCAACCUGUAAACGGAGGAGAUGAAACACUGCCAGAAGUGGCUCAGAUAGAGGUGACUCGCGAUACCGCAGUCCUUACGUUUGACUCCUGGAUGAAAGAUAUGCAGAAGGCGGGAUCAGAUAUAAAUUGAGAUUAUUUUUUUGCGGCUCCAACUCUGUUCUAUCAGUGUUAUGACUUUAUAAAAACAGAUAAACGCUCAAGAUUCACAAGUAUCCAGAUAUAUAUAAUUAUUUAUUAUGUGUUCAUAAAUGUUUACUAUCUGCUAUAUCAAAGCGUGGACGAUAGUUAAAUCUCAUUGAAGUCUACUGCACGUUAUCUAAACUUUUUACUGGAUAAAUCUAAACAGAUUUCAUGUCGAUGUGCAGUUUUAAUUAUUCUUUAUAUCUAUUUAAUCGGAUCAUUCUGAAAGCUUAUGAAUACACAAGUAUAAGCUUCAUAUGCGUACAACACCGUUGCUUUUCUUUCUUUUUAAUUAUAUUUUUCUUUUAAUUCAAGGUAGUGGAUCAGUUAUGACACUCGGCAAUUCUUGUACGAUAACGCAUUCGCGUUAUUAACAUCUUGGCAUUCAUCGAUCGUAAAUGUAGCUCAACGCACACAUAGCUUUGUGUAA